AUGGCUGCAGUAGCGAGAACGCUAGCCGCCACCCUCGCCUACUGCUGCCGCGCCGCGGCUCCCAGCAGCGCUCGAAGACUCGUGCGCACGCAAGCGACGCUGCCACCGACACGCGAUGUAGAUGGAGUGGCAACACUGCUCAAGGACGGCGCAAGAUGUGUGGUGAUGUUAGGGGCAGGAGCCUCGGUCGCGGCGGGCCUGCCCGACUUCCGGACACCAGGAACCGGGCUCUACGACACUCUAGAAAUUAGUGGUUUACCUUACCCGGAAGCCGUCUUCGAGCUCGACUUCUUCCGCACGAACCCGCAGCCGUUCUACGAGUUGGCCAAAGCCUUGUGGCCGACUGACGAUUCGCGUCCAACAAAGGCGCACAAGCUCGUGAAACUAUUGGCGGAUAAGAACCAGUUGAUACGCUGUUAUACCCAGAACAUCGAUUCUCUGGAACGAGCGGCAGGCGUCCCUGCGGAGUUCGUCGUGGCGGCCCACGGGAACUUCGACAGUGCGACGUGUAUAGCGACGGGCGAGAAAGUAGACGCCGAAGCACUCAGGAGAGCCAUUUAUGAAGGAACGACGGAUGCCUUCAACGCACAGAACGGCGGACUGUGCAAGGCGGACAUCGUUUUUUUCGGCGAAGCUCUGCCCGAUCGGUUCUGGGCGUCGUUAAGGGAGGACUUCGACGAAGCGGAGCUGUUGUUAGUCAUAGGCACGUCGCUGGAGGUGCACCCCUUUGCGUCGCUCAUCGAUCUCGGGACGAUGCCGCGCGUGUUAAUAAACAGGGACCGCGUCGGCGAGCACCAGCCGGACGUGGCGUUCCCGCCGUCCAUGGGGAAGCUGAGUGGGGGCUUCGACUUUAAUGAGACGGCCCCCGUGCCGCGCGACGUCUUUCUCCAGGGCGACGCGGACGCGAUUGUCGUCGACCUUGUUGAACGGGCGGGGUGGGCGCUCGACUAA